CUCCGCCGAUCGACAGUUUAAAACUGCUUUCCCAUCGAUUUGAAACGUGAUUCUUACACGAGAAUCUCCCGUUGUUUCUACCGUCUUUUUGUUUUCGGGAUUCUGGUGUCGGCAGUGCUUCUUCGGUGUUCACGAAAAUGAGCGAAAAGAAAACUGAAUCUUGGCAAUGUAACGAGAAAUUGAAGAAGGAACAAGACACAAAGACAAUAGAGCAAUUCAAGACAUUGAUGGAAGGUACCAAGAAGAAAGUGGAAGAAAUAACAGAAAAGCUUAAAACGGAAACUUCGCAAAGUAUCAAGAGUAUGUCUAAAAUCUCUACUUCCAAUAAACCUGAGGAUUCUAAAGAUACGGAAACAUGUCAAAUAUCCAAGACAAUGACCGAAUUAUCUAUCUCCAGCAAGCCUGACAAUUCUGAAGCUAUAGAAGAAGAAUUCCAAAUGUCCAAAUCAUUCACUUUUAUGCAACCUGAGACUUCGAAAGUAUGCCAAAAGCCUAUCACUACGUCAAACACUUCCAGCAAAACUGAUCGUAAAUUUCCAGAAGUAUGCGAAAUGCCGAAGAUCGCAUCCAAAACGUGGACUUCUGACAAAGCUGAGUAUUGUAAACUUCCAGAAAUGCACAAGAUUGCAUCGAAAGAAUCCAAGCUGGAAGCUUCUGAAAUUCCAAAAGCAAGAAUGUUCCAAAUGCCCAAGAUUACGUCCGAAGGGUCCAUCGAAUUUGAGACUCCUGAAAUCCCAAAAGCUGCAAAAAUAUUCCAAAUGCCUGAAAUGCUCAAAACUACGUCCGAAGGGUCCAUCGAAAUUAAGGCUCCUGAAAUUCCAGAAGCUGCAAAAGUAUGCCAAAUACGCAAGACUACAUCUGAAGAGUCCACCAAGCUUGAAACUCCUGAAAUUCCACAAGUUGCAAAAGUGUGCCUAAUGCCCAAGAAUAAGACCGAAGAGUUCAACCGUAUUAUAAGUAAAUCUUUUAAAGAUCCAAACGUUGAAGAAAUGUACCAAAUGCCCGAGAGUUCUCAAGAAGUCCAGACUACGUCCGAACCUUUCAUCUCCAACAAAACAAAGGAAGCUGAAAUGUCAAAAGAAGGUCUAACACGCAAUACCAAAAUCAUGAUAUAUGGAAAUACAGAAUGCAACUGCAGUAAGUGCAUUUCUAUACCGGUAUCUAUUCCCAUAACAAGUGAUGAAAUGGAGGAGAAACUAUUAAUACAUAGUAAAUCUGUAGAUGAUGAGUCCACUACAGAUGAUGAGCAUACUAGUAUAUCCUCUAGUCUAACUGAUGACUACAAGUUAGACGAGAAAGAAAAGGACGAUUUAACAAAGUUCCUUAAGCUUGAAGAAAAUCAGCUUAAAGAAAGUUUUUUCAAAGAGGAUUCUACGAAAUCAGCUGAUGGUACUGGCAAGACAGUAAUGAUACCCGUCAUCGAAAAAGUUGAAUUAACUCGAGACGUGAUUAAGGCACGUAAAUUCUGGCCACCUAUGUCAACACCGAACUUCGAAGAACAUCAUUUGGUCCUAGCAACGCAUCAUUUAGUGCCCUCACUGCCGAUUGGGCUCUUUGAAAUGUUUGCAGAAAUGAUCGAAGUUGUCACGAAGAAGCCAGUUGUCUUGUUGCAUGAGUGCAGAAGCAACCGAUCUAUCGCUACGGAAGUCGUCGAUAUAGUUAUCUUGCCCGCGGCCGAAACAUGGAAAGACGGUGUACUCUUACCCGCAAGCUUUGUUUUUGAUCAUCGUUUAAAUAAAGACAAGUCAGCCAGCAUGUACGCCGAUGUAAUCGUUGCAAAGGAUCGUGCUUCGCAUAUUCAAAAUAUUAUGGAUUUACGAGGAUAUAGAUGCUCUAUUCAAAAUGAACGACACCAAUUCUCCGCCUCUGGAUUACUCCUUAAUUAUUUACAAAGAAAAGGCGAAAACAUGAUAUUUUUUGGUAAUGUACUCGAUGCUAGCACGCAGCUCGAAGUACUGGAAAUGGUCGCCGGUAAGCAAGCAGAAGCGGGGAUUCUGGAAUCAUCGGCGCUAAGAUGUAACAAGUACAACGUACCCGGUGUGGACUCUCUUCACAUCCUCACCAGCCUGGGACCUAUGCCGCCCUACCGCAUUAUGAUCAAAAAUACACUAGUGGAUGAACUGGCUGAAAAACUUACAGCUUAUCUACUAAACAUAGAUAAGUAUGAGGAAUGGCUGGAGAGACUGUCGCCCUAUGGCAUCAUAGGUUUUGCCAAGAACUCUAUGGAUUACUAUAAUAUGAUUGAUAAAAAGUGCGUAGACACUAAGGUGCCUUACUAUUAAAAUUAUUUUACAUUAUUUAUUCUUUACUUCUGUCUUU